AUGGUUGACUCCGAAUCCGAUGGAGAAUAUGAGUAUGAAUAUGGUACAGAGACUGAGAGCUUUUAUCUCAACCUAGACCUCACCGCCCAUCAUGGCCCAGUGCGCCCUCCACGCCGUCACCCGAAGGAAGCGGGGUCCCUGGAGAAUACACAGAACCCUGCAGACGACAUGGGCCCAGGAUUCCCAAGCGAAGCUUAUCCUCCGAUCGAGAGCGCCGAGACAAGCAGCCUCCCGAAAGAACGAAUUCAAAUCCUCGACCUCCACACGAGCAAUCCAGUCAUUUCAUACUACAACCAAAUGUUCAGUUGCUCCUGGGCCGAUCAAAUUGGCACCGAGCUUGUGUUCGUCAGUCCAAGUACAGAAACCGACCCGGACAACGCCUUCCCUCAACCCCUACACCGUGGACCCUCCUACGAACUUGUGGCCGCCAACAGCGUGAAGAUCCUCGGUCGGAAGGCACAUCUCGCCCCAAGCGCUGGGCCCGGACCAGCCCAAGGCUUUACGGAGGGACCAUCAACUACAGGACCUACCCCGGAGUCCGUGUCUUCUCAGAGCGCCGAACCCCUGGCCGUACCUCGUCGUCCCGCAGCCCCAUCCCACCAGGCGCAGUUCCUCCACAGGUUGCAGCAGAUCAAGAACGCCAAAGGAGAGACCGAUGCCGUUCGCACAGUCAUGAGCACACGUCGGCAGGUGAAUAUGACGGACAGACAGCAAGGCUGGGCCCGUACUGAGGCGCAACUUGCUGAGAUCGAGCGGCUGAACGAACGUGCGUCUAGAGGGGACUUGGAAGCGAAGGCGACUCUUGAACUGCUGAUUCAAGAGCUCAACCAAGAGCUCAAUCCCGAUGAGGCAGAGUCUGAGUCCGAUCCGGAGUUAACGUCUGACAGCGAUGAUCUUACUUCAUGA